AUGCCCAACUUCAAGUUGACCUACUUCGACAUCCGCGGGCUCGCCGAGAAUGCACGCAUCUUCUUCGCCGUGGCGAAGCAGCCCUAUGAGGAUGUCAGGCUUUCUUUCUCGUUUGGGACACCUGGCGACUUCAGCACCAUCAAGCGCCCGGAGUUUGACGAGAUGAAGGCGAAGGGUGAGCUGGACAUCUCUCUGGGCAAGGUUCCGCUUCUGGAGGUGGACGGUGUGAAGGUUGGACAGUCCAAGGCCAUCGAGCGCUUCCUCUCCCGGGAGCUUGGGCUGGCUGGUUCCAGCCCCAUUGAGGGCGCACAGGUCGACCAGCUCGGCGAGACAGUCCGCGACAUCAAGGAUGCAUACCAGAAGGUUCGUGGGCUGCAAGACGAGGAAGAGAAGAAGAAGGGCAUGGAGAAGUGGUUCGCAGAAGACCUCCCCAACUGGUGCAAGCUGGCGGAAAAGUCGCUCCCCGCCGGACCUGGACCGUUCAUGGUUGGCAAAGUGUCGGCUGCCGACUUGCUCUUCUACACCCUCCUCCUCGCCCCCGGAUGCUUCUUCGACAACACCGAGGGCGCGAAGGCUGCUUUCCAGGAGUGCCCGAAGAUGAAAGCUGCGCUGGAGGCGGUGGAUGCUCUCCCCCAGCUGCAGGAGUACCUCAAAGCGCGCAAGGUGACUCCCUUCUGA